UUAUUUUUAUGUCAUUCCAUGAUAUCGAUAUUCAAAGCUAUUAAACUUAACAAUGUAGAACUUGUACAAUACUUGAUCAACCUCUCUGUCUCUUCUCAGGCAACAACAGCCAUGAACAAGGACACUCAGGCAUGGCUUAUACCUUAUCUGAAAACCACCAACCAAAAGCAUUAUAAUCUUAAUCGAAGGUCAACCAAGGGCAAGUCUGCUUUACAUUACGCCAUCACUUGGAAUCGAAUUGAAAUAGCUAAACUCUUGAUAGAAUGUUCCCAUGUCAAUAUCAACAAACGUGAUCUUGAAAACGGUUGGACUCCUUUACAUAGGGCACUUUACUUGGGACGUAUGGAAAUAGUAUGGAUGCUUAUGAAAAGGGAUGAUCUAGAUCUGAAUAUCAAGGAUUGGGAAGGUUACAAUGCUUUAGAACUAUUCAACACAACUAUCAUGGAUUCUCAACCUAAACCUCGGAAAGUGAAUUCACCAAUCACGGAUACGCUUUAUCAAACGUGCAUGGAGAACAACAACGUAUCCACCAAUCAUCAGCAUUUUGAACAAGGCGGCACGGAUUUAUACACAUGGGGAAUGAAUACAACUUAUAUCUUAGGCCAUCUCGACACGGAAAAUAGAUCAAGACCAGAGCGAGUGAACUUGGAAUCCUUGAAGACGGUCAAUAAUAUUCUACGUCAACCUCCUUAUGUUAUCAAAUCUGUACAUAUGUCAAAGUUCCAUAUGGCCAUUUUGACAAGUGAACCUAUACAUAACCUAUUUAUCUGUGGUUUUGGAAGAGGAGGUCGCCUUGGCACGGGAAAGGACACUGAUGCUCAAUUAGCUCCUGUACCUGUACGAUGGUCUGAACAAAUUGUGGAUGUCGCCGUAGGAAGGGAUCAUACUAUUGCUGUAACACUUAGUGGAAGUGUCAUUACUUUUGGUAAUAACGAUUAUGGACAAUUAGGUUACGAUACUGAAGAUCGAGAUGAUGGUUACUCAAUGCAACUCAAUCCUCGUAAAAUUCAAGCACCCAACAUUAGAAAACAACCAAUCAUUGGUGUGGCGGCUUCCAAAGUUCAUUCUGUUGCAUACACUUCAACAGAACUAUUUACAUUUGGUUACAAUCAAGGACAACUAGGUUAUCAUUAUUUAGGGAAUGAACGACGUCAGGUUAUUCCACGUAAAGUGGUUUACUCAACUCCUAUUUGUCAAGUUGUUGCAACUGAUUAUGCUACCACUAUCCUUUUUGAAAAUCAUGAUGUUGUAUUACUGGCCAAUUAUGAAACUCAAAAAGUCAUAUUUACGACAAGGCGGUUUCCUAGCAAUAUUACUGUACACUCACCGAUCAGCAACCAUAUCAUCAAGUUGAUAUCAAGUAGUACUAUUUAUACCGGGGCCAUAUCAAACGCUGGCGACGUAUACGUUUGGACAUGUAAACCAGCAGCAACAAUGAAUGAUAAACAAUCUGAAGGAAAAUCCAAACAACGACAGGUUAUUGUCAGCACUCCUCGACGAAUUUGGACGGCAUCUCGAUCAGAUAUGAUGGCUGUGGAUGCAAGUAUUGGACAAGACGGCAACAUUAUCAUAUGUACUUCUUCAGGUAGUGUCUAUACUGGAGAUAUUGCAAAAGAAACUACACGAGAAGGCAAAUUCAAGUUUCAUUGUAUCCCUCAACUUCAACGAUGUAUCUCUGUAUGUGCAAAUCCAAAUGGCGCUUAUGCAGCAAUUCGAUCCGAAUAUCAAUUAUCUCUACCUCCACCACCAACAACUACCUUGGCAUUGGACUUGAUACGAUCUUUACCUUGUUUGGCAAUUUCAUCGACUUUGGAUAAGCAAUUGGAACAAUUGGAAAAAAAGAAAGCAGAAGCACUCUUGGCUCUAUACAAAGAUCAUGCAUCAACUGGGGAACUUGACAAUAAUAGCGAUAAUGAUGAUACUAUUUAUCAACAAGAACAACAGAUACAUAAAAUUUAUGGGACAAAAGUGGAAGAUCUUUUGAAUACAAUAUGGAAAAAAAUGGAAUAUCCAAACGACCCAACACUGGAUGUAUUGUUCUGGGUCCAAGGCAAACCGAUCUUUGCUCACCUUUGUAUACUGGAUUGUCGACGCAACAAACAACGAAAAAACCCUCUCUUCGGUCCAAUCAAUGAAAACAAUUUGAUCAUACCAUUCACGAAAACAGCAGGUCAUAUCCAAUUUACUGUUUCAAAAGCAUCGUCAUCAUCAACAAAUCCAGAUCAUAAUCUCAAUAUCAUUGUAGAAGGGUGUCAUCUCUUAUCCUUUUUUAUACUGUUGGAAUAUAUUUAUGGUGAUACAAUUACUUAUUUUACAACUCGGAAAAUCCCAGCUCUCUGUCAAUACUUUAUUACUCAACAGCAACCUGAUCUUCAAGAUAUUCGAUACGAUUUGAUUCAAUUGUCCGCUAUAUUUGGAUUAACUGUAUUGCAUGAUACCGUGAAAUCGACUUAUCUUCCAACACCUUCACCGUCUUUGGCGACAGAUAUCGUGGGUAUGAUGACGACAAAAAUGGAUGAUGACAUCGUUGAUCAGCGACGACAAUACUGUGGCGAUGUAGAAUUGAUUCUAAAGGAUGGGAAGAUGAUAUGUGACGAAAUUAUACUUCGACAAAGGUGUUCGUUCUUUGCAUGCCUCUUCGAUCCAAAGACAACUUGGUUGGAUGGACGACGACAAUAUGAUGAUACAGGACAACGACAUGUGCAAGUAAAUUUAGAUCAUCGUUCUACAAACAUAAUGGCUAGUUUAGUGAAUUAUAUAUAUGCCGACCCUCAAUCUGAAAAUGAACUAUUGAUACCUGAAACUACUAUGGAAACUACUGAACAAAUGGUCACUUUUUUACUGGAUCUCUUGUGUGCUGCUGAUGAAUUCUUACUUCCUGGACUUAAGAUUUUAUGUGAACGUGCUCUCAUACCAAUGAUCAAUUUACGUAACACCGUGAUGAUUUUGGAAUACUCUCAUCUUUAUCUGGCAACUUCCUUGGAACGUGCCUGUCUCGCCUUGAUUCUAGUUAACAUGUCUUCAUUUGUGAUUGCUGGCUUACUUGAAAAUCUCUCACUUGAUCUUAUACAGAACUUGGAAGAAUUUGUAUGUGUACAUCAACAAGCUGCAUUACGACAGGUUCAACGUUUACCAAAUACGGCAAUGGACGAUAAUCAUGAUGGCAAUGACGAUGAUGAUCUUCUCAUGACAUUAUUUACGUGGACUCAUGAAGAAAUGCCAAUUACAACAGGUUACGUAGAAUAUUUGGAAACGAUCAAGCCAGUAACAACAAUAAUGACGACGAGUCAAUCUGAGGUCCCUACCACAUCGUCACCAGUACCAACAGCAACAACAACAGCAACAACAACGGCAGUAGAAACAGUUAAUAACAUGGAAUCCAAGUCGAAACAGCCAAAGACACCAAAAAAGAACAAGAGGAAAGACAAAGAAAUACUUCCUUCUCCUUCCAGUGCUCCAUCUACCAUAUGGGGAUCUGAUCAAGCUGAAUCAUCAAGUCAGAAUAUCAAGUUAUCACUCCGAGAUGUAAUGGAAAAGGAAAUAGCUGAUCUUGCUUCACCGAUACCACUUGUGUCCAAGAUUCCUAGUAGUUCAAACAAAAAGCUUUCUCAGAAGGAAAAAAGGAAAUUGUAUCAGCAAGAAUUAGCAAUGGCAGCAUCAACGAACUACACCGAUACCAUCAAAAAAUCAGCUUGGGGUACUGUUAACAUCACUCCGGAACCUGUUGGAUCACCGUUAUUGCAAGAAUCGCCUCUUUCUAAGUCUAUCAAGCAAGAACCUAAAGGAAAAGUAUCAACGACAUCAUCAUCAUCAUCAUCAUCAUCGUCAUCAUCAUCAUCCAAAAUGCAAAAUGGGAACGAUAUGCCAUCGUCCAAAGGCAAGAAAAUAUUUACAGCAAAGGAAACCUUACUUGAAGAACAACGACAAGGAUGGAAACGAAUGACAGAUGAUCAGCCAUCAUCUCGACUUUUUAAUCUACAACAAAUCGGUAGCUCAUUUCAAUUGAUUCCGCGGAAAUCUCUUCCUACGACAGACAAGAACACAUCCACGAGACCGGACAGUUCUGUGCUCAGGGGAUCCUCUUCAUUCCAUGCGAUUCAACAGGAACAGAAAUUAGAAGAUGAUUGGAUCAAGGGCAAACGGAAGAAGAACUUGGUACGUAUCCAACGUGAAGAAACGGCAAUGGCAUCACUAAGGGAAUUCUAUAUACAGACACUGGAUCGGGGAAUGGGGACAUGGAUUGUUAUUGAUCCUUCUUCUUGAUAUGGGAGAUGAUGAUUCGUAGAUAGUGAUAAAUACUAGAUAGAUAGCUCCUGUUUUUUUUUGAUUAUUUUAUUAUUUGUAUAUUUUCAAUGUAUGAAACAAAUUAGGAUUAAAAUAAAUCUGCUGUUAUCGUUGUUGAUGAUGAUGAAAAUG